GGCCAUUGGAAGAAAUGAUCGAUCCAUGCGGUCUUUCUCGUACUGCAUUCUUUGUUUUCCUUCGUGAUACAUACACCACCCAAGAUCAUUUUCGCUCGAUUGAGGUGCAGCACAUUUGUUAGACUCCUGCUUGUCAAUCAAAUCCCCUACUGGUGCUUCCGUACAAUGGCCGCUAAGUCAAGCCACCCCAGUAUUCCAGCUGGCGAUCAUAAAGCCUAUAUGGAAUAUGCUCUCGACCAAGCUCGUCUCUCACCUCCAGCUCCGACGAAGUUCUGUGUCGGAGCAGUUCUGGUCGAUGCCGACAAAAAUGAGAUCCUCUCAACCGGAUAUUCAAUGGAACUACCAGGAAAUCGUCCGGGAGAUCCAGGCAACACCCACGCGGAACACUGCUGUUUCAUCAAAGUGGCCGAACAGCAUGAUAUUGCCGAGGAUCAAAUUGGGAAGGUGUUGCCCCAAAAUACUGUUUUGUACACGACCAUGGAGCCCUGCAACCGAAGGCUGAGCGGCAAUCGAACCUGCGUGGAGCGGAUACUCCAAUUGGGCGACGCAAUCAAGGUUGUCUACGUUGGAAUCAAGGAGCCGGAGAAAUUCAUCGGGGAAAACACGGGAAGGAAGCGACUGGAGGAGGCGGGCGUCUUGGUCCAGCUGGUGGAGGGCAUGGAAGAUCGUAUUACCGAGGUCGCGACAGCCGGGCACUAAUACCUUCAGGGUAUGAAAGAUACAGUACUCUUACUCGGAAUUUAUAUCUCAUCUUAAAGCGCAAAGAAAUCAUUCCCAUUUCCUAGUAUA